AUGGCCCCCGGAUCUGACCCGACCGUGUUCUUCGCUGGCCUGCAGCAUUUUUUGGAUCGCGCUUUGCCGGGGCUGGACACCAGUUAUUGUCGGAUCAGUUCGUCGGUGCUUGGUGCACAGUUGCGGUUGGCACAAGCAACUGGCCGGUUGAGUGUGAAGGAGCUGGUGCGUCUGGCCAGGGAACUGCCAGAGGCACCACUGGCCACGUUGCAGUCGCAGGAGAACAGGGAUGGCGGACCUUUUGCAGCGGCGCUGUUAGAAGUCGUUCAACAGAGCGCUUGGACCCAACAUGUCGCUGCACCCACCAGAUACCGCGCAGGCCAACUAAAAUCCCUUCUGGAUUUGGUCAUUACCAAAGAAAGACACCUCAUGGAUCAGAUAGAUGCCAAAAAGGAUCUGGGUAUCUGGGUCUCCUCAAACUUGUCCUUCUCACUACACCACGAGAAAUCGGCCCAAAAGGCGUUCUCCAUUUUAUGGAUGAUCCGACGCACCUUCUCCCGUAUUACUCGCAUUAACUUCCAAAUACUCUAUGGGGCCUACGUCAGACCGCUCCUGGGGUACGCCAACCAAGGUGUUUACUCAGGAUGCACGGAAGACGUCACCCUUAUUGGGCGUGUCCAGCGGGCCACUACGAGAAUGAUCGCCAGUCUCAAAUCCGUGGACUACGAAACGCGUCUCACGAUGCCUGAUUGCUUUCCCCUGGAGUACCGUCGCCUCCGAGGUGACCUAAUUCUUGCUUAUGCCCUGUUUGAACAAAGCUUGGCAAACAGACCACCGAGAAACGUAGAUGAAUGUCAAACGGUAGUCAAAGAUUCAGUAAUGGCAGGGCAUGCAGUAGAUACUGAGAACAGGAUAGAUUUGGGAGAUUUGAACAUUCUGAGACGUGGACUGGGAUUCACACCACAACGACUGAUAGCUGAGGCGGCGAAAAUCACGAAGCAUCCUAGCGUGAAUAGAAUGGAGUACCAAUUUCCGGAACAGCAGAACUCUAUUGACAACGUGGUGCCAACCAACGAACCAGCCCGCCAGUAUCCCACUCCCGUGCUUCCUUUGGGUGGCAUGGCAGCUAGUUACCGAAACGAUGUUACAGCUAAACGAUUUGGUAACAUGAACGCCCAGGCAGGUGCCACUGAGGCCCAACUGGGUGGUCGUAUUGGGUUGGAUACGAGACGCAUGGACGACGGGAAUCGUCUACUUCAAAUGUGUGCCGAUCACCGACUGCUUCUUUGCAGUACCAAUUUCCGGAACAGCAGAACUCUAUUGACAACGUGGUGCCAACCAACGAACCAGCCCGCCAUCAGUUACCGGUGGUACACUGAACUUCUGUGUUACGUGCAAUCAAACAUCACUAUGGGUUGUAUCGUCAGUUCGGUGGCCUGUUGUUUCUGUUCAUCGGCGGCCAGUUUAUGUUGUUCUUGCCUUCCGUCUUGUAAGAGCUCCACGUCGUCCCGCAUUAUGUUCAGUCUCAUCCUGGUUUUAACCGCUUUACUCUCUGCUAUCGCGCUAAUCCCACAAGUUCGCACGUCACUCACCAAAAUUCCUGCUUUAUGCACGCCUUUUAACUUGGCUACGCUCGAGACAAACGUGCGCGGUGUUGUAGACUGCGAUGCGAUUACAGGAUUUGGCGCUGUCUAUCGCCUCUGCUUUGCCACUACCAUGUUCUAUUUAUUAUUUACACUACUGAUGAUUCGCGUUACAUCUUCUAAAGACCCUCGUUCGAAAAUCCAGAAUGGUUUUUGGUUUUUCAAAUAUCUUAUUUGGUUCGGUCUGGUGGUCGGUGCCUUCUUUAUUCCAGUGGAAGGCUUUACGACCUCAUGGAUGAUCAUUGGAAUGAUGGGAGGUGCUCUGUAUAUUGUUAUUCAACUAGUAUUGCUCGUGGAUUUUGCGCACUCCUGGAAUGAAUCUUGGAUAUCCAAAUGGGAAGAUACCGGUGAAAAGUGCUAUGCCAUUGGGUUGGCAGCUUUCACGACCAUAUUCUACAUAAUAUCUGCGGUGGCAGUAGGCUUGCUGUACCAUUUCUAUGCCGGUGCCACAGAGUGCGCCGUAAACAAGGCUAUGCUGAGUUUAAACCUUAUCUUUAUCGUUGGAGUCAGUGUCAUAUCCGUACUGCCGAUGGUUCACGAACGAUUGCCCAGUUCCGGCUUGCUUCAGGGUCCUGAUUCGGUCGCAUUGAAUGACACUGGUCCUCUUACAGAUUCGGAGAAAGGAAAGCAAGUUGUUUGGGAUGAUGAAGAAAACAGAGUAACCUAUGUCUACUCCAUGUUCCACUUCAUGCUACUGUUGGCAACACUGUACGUGAUGGUGAUGUUGACCAACUGGCUGAAACCUGAGAACGACCUAAAAUCACUCUCCGCCAACGUCGCUAGUUACUGGGUGCGGAUGGUGAGCAGUUGGGUAUGCUUGUUGCUAUACCUGUGGACCAUGGUUGCACCAAUUAUUCUACCUGAUCGACAAUUUUGAGUGUUGCUUUCCAUCGCGUCAUCAUUCAUUAGUUAUCAAACUCCAUUCAUUACAAAUUAUGUUAUACUUUACUUGAACUACUCAUUGGCAAAUUUCGCUAUUCGUUCAGAAACAUGUGUUCCAUCCACAGUCCUAAUUGCUUUCAGGCCUCCGGGCUUGCAUCUACAUUUCGUCAUUGCUGCACUAUGUUGUCAUGAAAUAAAGCGCAUGCUCGCUGAUGGCUUGAUUUUCGUGAGUGGUCGCAUAUGCCAACCAAUCUCACACUUGAAUAAUACAAAAACAAGACAAUGAAUUCG